AUGAAGCGUGAUGGAUGCCUCCCUUCAUCUCAGUCUUGUAUGGGACUUGCCUUGGCUGGAGUGCUGACGGUGACAUAUGCCUCGAUAUCUGGACUGGGGCUAGCGACUUGGUUUGGUAUUGAGUUCAAUGCUGCCACUACACAGAUUGUGCCAUUCCUCACGCUUGGUAUUGGUGUCGACAACAUGUUCAUGUUACUGCAUAACUACCAUGACGUGAUGUCGCUGACAAAUCAGCAUGAAAUUGGCAUUCUUAUGCGGGAAACUGGAAUGUCGAUAUUGUGCACAUCUAUCAAUAACAUACUGUCCUUCCUUGCAGGAACUAUGCUGCCCAUUCCGGCACUGCGAUCGUUUUGUGCUCAGAGCUCGAUACUGCUCACCUUCAACUUUAUCGCCAUUCUUACGCUGUACCCUGCUAUAAUUUCGAUCGAUCUGAGACGGCGAAAAGCUGGCAUGCGUGAUGUGUUCUGUUGCCUAACAGGGGAAACUCGACAAGAGGCGUAUUCCAUGAUAACUAAGCCACACUUCCAGGAGAAGCGCACAAUUGGUGAACCAAUUCCGCGAAUCGUUUCAUACAAAGACGUGGAAGAAGAGCCCGAACCAGAGUCUUUCUCUCUCCAUUCACUCAUUCGGAACUACUAUAUUCCAUUCAUUAAUAAGAAAUUUGUAAAGGUACGUUUUUUUCGGAGUGUAUAUAUAUUGCUAGGAAAGCUUCCUAACUCUUGA